AUGCAACCUACUAAAAUUACGGAAACCAGAGUAUUGUGGGAUUUCACAGCAGCAGCUCUAGCGAAAUUCCUUUAUGAUGCUUUUAUUGCUCGAGUGGGGUCAUUUCAAGUGUUAAGGACUGACAACGGACCAGAGUUUAUCAAGGGUGUUUCUGCGAUACUUAUUAUAAAUUCAUGGAAUCAAAGGAACCUUCUCAGUCCCGUACCACCCCCAAGACAAUGGGAUGAUUGA